UCUUCAGAGACUGUUUCCCUACCAGCCUUUCUUACCUGGAGCCUGCCCUUUGCACCCCUCUCCUCUCCUCGUCUCACCGUGGCUUCCAGGCUUCCCAGCCCUUCUACGAGCUCUCAGGAAGGGCCUUGCCAAGUUUCCUUGGCCCAGAACUCCGUGCGGAGGUUGCGCUGUGCCCCAGCCAGCGUCCACCAUGGCCGAGCCCCGCGGCCCCGUAGACCAUGGAGUGCAAAUUCGCUUCAUCACGGAGGCAGAGGGUGGCACCCAGACGGGCACCCUCCGCCGUGGGGGGCGGCGUCCAGCCAAAGACUCCAGGGCCAGUACCUACGGGGUGGCUGUGCGUGUGCAGGGCAUCGCCGGGCAGCCCUUUGUGGUGCUGAACAGCGGAGAGAAAGGCGGGGACUCUUUUGGGGUUCAGAUCAAGGGGGGCAACAACCGAGGGGCCCCUGGAACUCCGAGCUCCGACUCAGAAUUCCCCGAGAACCCCUACUCUCAGGCCAAGGACUUUCCUGCCCCCUCCCAGGGCAGCACAUCAGACGAGGAGCCUGGGGCCUGCUGGCAAGGCAGACUGCUCCGUUCCCAGUCGCAGGCCUCGCUGGCUGGCCCUGUGCCUAUGGGUCUGGGCCACAGGAGCACCAGCUUGCUGGAGCUGCCGCCCCAAGAGCCAGCCCCGGCUAGCACCAUUGACACGGCUCCGUUGUCUUCAGUGGACUCCCUCAUCAACAAGUUUGACAGGCAGGUGGGGGGCCAGGCCCGGGGCCGGACUGGUCGCCGCACCCGGACGCUGCCCCACGAACAGCGCAAGAGGAGCCAGAGCCUGGACAGCCGGCUGCCCCGGGACACCCUGGAGGAGCGGGAGCGCCAGCCCCCCAGCCACUGGGCCCCCAGCACCAAGUAUGACAGCCAUGUGGACAGCUCUACACAGCUGAGCCAGAGCCCUCUCCGAGGCAGCUUUUCCCGAUCCCGGCAGACGCAGGACUGGGUCCUUCAGAGUUUUGAGGAGCUGAGGGAGACAGCACAUGAUCCCGCCCUGCUGCAGUUCAAGUCAACUCCAGACCUUCUUCGAGACCAGCAGGAAGCCGCCCCAGCAGGCAGCACAGACCACGUGAAAGCCACUAUCUGUGGCAUCCUGAGGGAGGGAAGCUCGGAAAGUGAGGCCUCGGUGCGGAGAAAGGUUAGUUUGGUGCUGGAGCAGAUACAGCCUCUUGUGAUGGUUUCUCCUGGUUCUACCAAGUCUCUAGCAGGGCAUGGCGAGCUCACCCAAAAAGUGGAGGAGCUACAGAAAAAGCUGGAUGAAGAGGUAAAGAAGCGACAGAAGCUCGAGUCUGCCCGCAUUGGGCUGGAGCGGCAGCUGGAGGAGAAGGAGGAGGAGUGCAGCCGACUGCAGGAGCUGCUGGAGAGGAGGAAGGGGGAGGCCCAGCAGAGCACCAAGGAGCUGCAGAACACGAAGCUCCUCCUGGAGCAGGAGGAAAGGGUACGGCACGGGCUGGAGACCCAGCUGAUGGAGCUGCAGAACAAGCUGAAACAGGGCCCGGGCUCUGAGCCUGCCAAGGAGGCGCUCCUGAAGGACCUAUUGGAGACCCGGGAGCUUCUAGAAGAGGUCUUGGAGGGGAAACAGCGGGUAGAAGAGCAGCUGAGGCUUCGGGAGCGGGAGUUGACAGCCCUGAAGGGAGCCCUGAAGGAGGAGGUGGCGUCCCGUGACCAGGAGGUGGAGUAUGUCCGGCAGCAGUGCCAGCGGGACAUGGAGCAGCUCCGCCGGAGCAUGCAGGAGGCAAGCCAGGACCAGGCAGCACUGGAGGCCGAGAGGCAGAAGAUGUCUGUGCUGGUACGGGAGCUGCAGAGGGAGCUGGAGGAGACCUCGGAGGAGACAGGCCAUUGGCAGAGCAUGUUCCAGAAGAACAAGGAGGAGCUUCGAGCCACCAAGCAGGAACUCCUACAACUGCGGAUGGAGAAGGAAGAGAUGGAAGAGGAGUUUGGGGAGAAGAUGGAGAUCUUACAAAGGGACUUAGAGCAGGCAGGAGCCGGAGCUAGAGAUACUCGGCAGGUUGAAGAGCUCAAGAAGGAGCUGUGCCAGACGCAGGAGGAGCUAAAGGAGCUGCAGGCCGAGCGGCAGAGCCAGGCGGUGGCUGGCCGACAGCGGGACCAAGAGCUGGAGCAGCAGAAUGUCCAGCUACAGAAGACCGUCCAGCAGCUGAGACUGGACUGUGAAGAGGCCUCCAAGGCCAAGCUGGCAGCCGAGAAAGAGACCUUGGUGCUGGGGCAGCGGUGGGCAGCAGUGGAAACCACACUUCGGGAGACCCAGGAAGAAAAUGACAACUUCCGCCGGCACAUCCUGGGUCUGGAGCAGCAGCUGAAGGAGGCCCGAGGGCUGGCGGAGGGUGGGGAAGCGGUGGAGGCAAGACUUCGGGACAAGGUGCAGCGGCUGGAGGCAGAGAAACAGCGACUUGAGAAGGCGCUGAAUGAGGCGCAGGAGGAGGAGGAGAGCCUGGCAGCUGCCAAGCGGGCCCUGGAGGUCCGGCUGGAUGAGGCCCAGCGGGGACUGGUGCGCCUGGGCCAGGAGCAGCAGGCCCUAAACCGGGCCCUGGAGGAGGAGGGGAAGCAGCGGGAGGUGCUGCGGCGGAGCAAGGCAGAGCUGGAGGAGCAAAAGCGCUUGCUGGACAGGACUGUGGCCCGACUCAACCAGGAGCUGGAGCAGAUCGGGGAUGACUCCAAGCAAGCCCUGCAGCAGCUCCAGACCCAGCUGGAAGAUUAUAAGGAGAAGGCCCGGCGGGAGGUGGCAGAUGCUCAGCGCCAGGCUAAGGAUUGGGCCAGUGAGGCUGAGAAGACCUCGGGUGGGCUGAGCCGCCUUCAGGAUGAGACCCAGAGGCUGCGGCAGGCCCUGCAGGCCUCCCAGGCGGAGCGGGACACCGCCCGGUUGGACAAGGAGCUGCUGGCCCAGCGACUGCAGGGACUGGAGCAAGAGGCAGAGAACAAGAGGCGCUCCCAGGACGAUAGGACCAGGCAGCUGAAGAGCCUGGAGGAAAAGGUCUCGCGGCUGGAGGCUGAGUUAGAUGAAGAGAAGAGCACUGGGGAGCUGCUGACGGAGCGGGUGAAUCGCAGCCGGGACCAGGUGGACCAGCUGAGGGCCGAGCUCAUGCAGGAGAGGUCUGCUCGGCAGGACCUGGAGUGUGACAAAAUCUCCUUGGAGAGACAGAACAAGGACCUGAAGACCCGGCUGGCCAGCUCAGAAGGCUUCCAGAAGCCCAGUGCCAGCCUCUCUCAGCUCGAGUCCCAGAAUCAGUUGUUGCAGGAGCGUCUACAAGCUGAGGAGAGGGAGAAGACAGUUCUGCAGUCCACCAACCGAAAACUGGAGCGCAAAGUUAAAGAACUGUCCAUUCAGAUAGAUGAUGAGCGACAGCAUGUCAACGACCAGAAAGACCAGCUAAGCCUGAGGGUGAAGGCUUUGAAGCGGCGGGUAGAUGAAGCAGAAGAGGAAAUCGAGCGCCUGGAUAGCCUGAGGAAGAAGGCUCAGCGGGAGCUGGAGGAGCAGCAUGAAGUCAACGAACAGCUCCAGGCCCGGAUCAGGUCCCUAGAGAAGGAUGCCUGGCGCAAAGCCUCUCGCUCAGCCGCCGAGUCAGCUCUCAAAAACGAGGGGCUGAGCUCUGACGACGAAGAGUUUGACAGCGUCUAUGACCCCUCAUCCAUCGCCUCGCUGCUUACGGAGAGCAACCUUCAGACCAGCUCCUGCUAGCUCUUGUCCUGAACGUCUGGAAACGGGCUCGAGGCCUAUCCCAGCCAGCCCUGCUCUGCCUUGCAUGCCCUGUCUGCCACGGAUUCCUCUUUCCCAUGGGUGACCCAGUUACUCAGCGCUAAGACAGGCAGGGGUCUGAGUCAUGUGAUGAAGACAGUAGGAAGCUGGAGGAGGGAUGUGGCCUCUCCACUGGAGGAAUGGGUAUUUUAGGCUUACUGAGUCCCCGUAGGUGCUGAUCCCUCUUCCUUCUCCCUGAAAUGAGAUGAAAUGAGUGGAAGGAUGGUCAGUGUACAGACUGAGGGGGGCUGAAAAGGAUCAGGAAGAAGGCUGGGCAUUUAGCUCAGCGGUUCUGGCACCUGCCUCGCAAGUGCAAGGUCCUGAGUUUGAUUACCAGUACCAAAAAAAAAAAAAAGGAUCAGGAAGAAUAGAAAUUGCCAUGUGUAUAAAGCUUUAUUUCUUUAGCUCUUAACUUUGUGGCUCAGGGAAAUACCCAAUGCUGUUCUGCUCCUGGAUUCCUGCAACUUGUUUUCCUCCCACUUUGAAGCAGGGUGUAGAAGUAUUAUGGGUAACAGACACGCAGGCGUGGCUGUACUCAUUUCUCAGAUGCUUCUCUGAACAGUCACGGCGCUCCUGUGAUAGCCCCAUUCCCUUCCAGUUCCUUCAUUUUUGUCUUCUCCAAGCUAAUGGGUCCAGGGGACCCUUCGUCCCUUCCCCUUCCAUCUUUACCAUUUCUACCUUGCCUUUUCCUGUCAGUGCCUUAGCCAGGGUGAGGAGAUAAGGAUGCUCUUCUUGCCUUGAUUCCUGCACAUUCAUACCUCUCCAGAAUCCAGCCUUUCCCCAUGGGGCCCUGGGCCUGCCCCGCUCCCCAGUGACUGGUCAGGGCCCCUGCUGCUCACUGCUGAGGCCCUGGGAGAAGGACUGAUGGCAGGGCUCUGAUACACGGUGGGGCCCUGGUUCUGCUCAGGGUUCCCCCUUCCUUCUCUCCUCUGUGCCUCUGGAUGUGGUUACAGGGUGGCUGCACAAUCCUGACAAUUCCAUACAAGUUACAGAAGCACAAGUCUCGGUCUCCGAGCCCUUCCUGUGGCCUCUCUGGCCAGAUCGGAGCAACUUCAGUAGGCAACCAAGAGAUCCUGGUUUUCUCAGGAGCUGGGCCCUAUUCGGGCUUCACCUGGGGUGAGGAGCUCAUCUUGGUAGAGAUGGGAAGGGCCAAUGGAGAACGUACUUCUCUCCUAGAUUCUGGGGAGAGCCAAGCGCUGGUGGGGAGGAAGUGAGGGGAAUGAUUCACCUCUCUUAUUUCCAAAGCAGGUUAGGGAGAAAGCUGCUCUCACCAAUGACUUGUAAUUUUAUGAUUUUUUUAAAAAAAGAAUCCUAUAUUCUGCAAAUCAGACACUCUCCCAAUGCAAUUCAGCCUCGGUUUUAUUUUAAAUUAAAUAUUAAAAUUAUAUAUGUUUAAA